AAAAGUGUUGCUAUAGCGCAAAAUCAUCAUUGCAAACCGAGCCAAAUCUUUAUCAACUAAAUAUAACGGCAUCACACAUAGAUUCAAGAAAGGGCAACAACGUAUAUGUGACAGCAAUAUCAUUUCCAAAAGGAUAUUUCAUAACGACAAAACCAUUUUCACCAUUUAGUAAGGUAGUUUGUACACAGGUACAGCCACAGUCGGGAACGGGAACGGGAGAUCUGAUGCAAUUUGAAUGUGAUUCAAGAGAUCGAGCAGUCUUUUUCGUUAUAUUUGAUUUAUCGAUACAACCCGUACCACUUCCGAAUUCAACAAUAGCACCAGUGUCUGUAUUUAUACUCGGUGACAAAUGUCAAAAUGUUGCGUUUUGUGUUGAUUUGGCGGAAAAGAAAGAGUCUGAAAAUUCUGAUAAGAUGUCGCUCGGUCCACUUGGUACAUGGCCAAAGUAUGCCAUUGUGCUCGGUGGGGUGGUAUUGGGGAUAUCAUUGUUGGCCACUUGUUAUCUAGUUUAUAAGAGGAAUAGACCUGGUGAUAGGCAUAAAGAUACAAGUAUUACCCCAAGUACUGGUAAUUACGAUGAUAAGGGUCAAAAUCGUGCCUUAUUCGCUCCCAAUUCAUUAUUAAGAACUGAUGAUAAUGGUCUACCACCACCUCCCAUUGAACUUCCAAAGAAUACUUUAAUUAAAUUUGGUAGUGUGACUGCUCAUUCUCCUGAAAAGUCAAAUGGUAUUCGGACUAUGAACUUACCUAAUCAACAACCUUCCUCCCUAAUGAAAUCUUAUACUACUAAAAAGAAAAAAGAUAAUAGGGAUAAGGAUAAUAAACAUCAGGAGAUUCAUAUUUAUGAUAAUGUAAAAUCGGAUGAUGAGUUUUAUGGUGAUAAAAUUCCCUUACCUAUGCCCGUAUCAACCGUUGUUAUUGAUAUGCCUGCUCAUAGUGCUCAUAGCGGAAGUCGUAGUUUGGAUAAAUCUUCAUCAAGUUACAAUAAAUCUAGGAAAAGUGGCGAUAAUAAUAGAUUUUCGGAUUACUCAACCUCUGAUAUGUCAAAAACAAUUUCAUAUAAUGAUGAAUCGGAUGAAAUAAGUGAUGACAACAAGAAUGAAUUUUAUUCAUCAAAACGUUCAAGUUCAACUUCAGUUCAUCAUAAAAAAUCAAGAUCAAAACCACGUAAUGGAGAACACGAAUCACGGAGAGAUAGAAAAUUAUCUAAUAAUCAUAAUAGCGGAUCCCACAGAAGAGGUGUUGAAGAAGAUCGCGAAGGUCGCAGAGUUGAUCGUGGUACUUCAAAAAGACAUCGUUCACGUUCUUCUCCUCCUCCUUCUACAUCGAAAACAACCGAUUUACACAGAGGUGCAUCCACUAGAGUGAGACAAGCCGAUCGUGGAGAUCAUCGUGAAGAAAAGCAUUCAAAUACCGAUUCAAUAAGUAAAAACAAGGGAUCCUCUGUGGGCGUUCAUCGCUCAAAAACUACGCCAUUACACCACAUACACCAAAGUGACAAGGACGCGGGAAAGAGGAACAAAAAAUCAACAACGCUUGCUAAUUUAACUAGAAGUAAUACUAGCAAGCAUAAACCAAGAGACUUAAUUUCCCAUGCUGAUACGGAAUCAACCACCUCAUCUUCGGAUGUUCCAUUGGGUGAUAGGUUACCCUUAGCUAUGUUGGCAAAAUUACCACCAUCAGGCCAAUCAAAUUCUUGGAGGUCUAACGAUCUUAAUAUGAUUAAUGAUGAGGACGACGAUACAACUCCUUUGGGUCGAAUUAGCACUAGUAAACCCGAUUCAUUUUGUGCGGCAUCAACUUCUUCUCACACUCGCCUGUUAUCUGCUGAUAAAUCAUCGCCGGAAAAGAGUGGUCAGUUUUUCGAUUAUGAGGAUAAUAAAUAUGAGUCGGUGUUGGAUGAAGUACUUGGCAUUGCUGACUAUUUAAAUUCCGAAAAAGGCAGUAGCUAUAAAGGUUCCGAAGAUAAUUAUCCUAUUGGUAAAAGUCAUUACAACGAAAAGAAAAGUGAGAUGGUUAGUGAUGAAGAAGUACCCAUCGGUCAGUUAAGAAGUCGAUAA